GUGCGACCUGAGUCACGGCCGAAAACAGUUCCGGGUCAAUGGGCGGGGUGUGUGGCGAAACAAUAACAGUGGCUCUAAUAGUAGGCGCUCUACUGGACAUCAGUAGUUUUGUGAAGAGAUAUGGAUGAUGACUCCUAGAGUCUAGGAUAGUAGUUACUGUAUUCUACUUUCUAGCCUCUACUUUUAACUUGUAAGACCUGCUGACACAAAAUUUUUGGCCACACUCAAAAUGGCGGAAACCAUGACGCCAGGAACGCAGAAAACGCGAGCGGAAGCGGAAGUACGAUUGCUGCCUACAUGUGCUGCUUUCUAGGUGUUGAAAAUCUUCGGAGUUAAGGGCUAUCUAACGCUCCGUGAGUGACACUACCCCAUCCCGCCAUGGGCAAGAAAGGCAAAGUAGGCAAGAGCCGGCGGGACAAGUUCUAUCACUUGGCCAAGGAGACCGGUUAUCGUUCGCGCUCUGCCUUCAAACUGAUCCAGCUCAAUCGGCGCUUUCAGUUCCUGCAGAAAGCCCGCGCCUUGCUGGACCUGUGUGCUGCGCCUGGAGGAUGGCUGCAGGUGGCUGCCAAGUUUAUGCCUGUAUCCAGUCUUAUUGUAGGAGUGGACUUGGUUCCAAUCAAGCCUCUCCCCAAUGUGGUGACUCUCCAGGAAGAUAUCACAACAGAACGCUGUAGGCAGGCCCUGAGGAAGGAGCUGAAGACUUGGAAAGUUGAUGUUGUGCUCAAUGAUGGGGCUCCCAAUGUGGGGGCUAGUUGGGUCCAUGAUGCUUACUCACAAGCUCACUUAACUCUGAUGGCCCUGCGUUUGGCUUGUGAUUUUUUGGCCCGUGGUGGUUGUUUCAUCACAAAAGUCUUCCGUUCCCGAGACUAUCAGCCUCUGCUAUGGAUCUUCCAGCAGCUGUUCCACCGUGUCCAGGCCACAAAGCCCCAGGCCUCUCGCCAUGAAUCUGCAGAAAUCUUUGUAGUCUGUCAAGGAUUCCUGGCUCCGGACAAGGUUGAUGCUAAAUUCUUUGAUCCCAAGUUUGCCUUUAAGGAGGUUGAAGUUCAGGCUAAAACUGUUACUGAGUUGGUGACAAAGAAGAAGCCAAAGGCUGAAGGCUAUGCCGAGGGUGACCUCACUCUUUAUCACAGAACCUCAGUCACGGACUUCUUGAGAGCUGCCAAUCCUGUUGACUUCCUCUCCAAGGCCAGCGAAAUCUCAAUAGAUGAUGAAGAGUUGGCACAGCACCCAGCUACAACUGAAGAUAUUAGGGCAUGCUGUCAGGACAUCAAAGUGCUGGGCCGCAAGGAACUUAGGUCUUUACUGAAUUGGAGAACAAAGCUUCGGCGAUAUGUGGCCAAGAAGCUGAAAGAGCAAGCAAAGGCACUGGACAUCAGCCUCAGCUCAGAAGAAGAAGAAGGUGAUGAAGAAGAAUCAGUAGCUGAGACAAAGCAGGCUUCAGAGGAGGAAGCAGAGGAGAAAGAGGAAGAAGAGCAGCUUAAUCGGACUCUGGCAGAGAUGAAAGCCCAAGAAGUGGCAGAACUAAAGAGGAAGAAGAAGAAAUUGCUUCGUGAGCAGAGGAAGCAGCGAGAGCGUGUAGAGCUGAAGAUGGAUCUGCCUGGGGUUUCCAUUGCAGACGAGGGGGAGACAGGCAUGUUCUCCCUGCGUACCAUCCGUGGUCAGCAGCUGUUAGAGGAAGUAACACAAGGAGACAUGACCGCUGCAGACACCUUUCUGUCCGAUCUGCCAAGGGAUGACAUCUAUGUGUCGGAUGCUGAGGAGGAGGAUGAUACUUCUCUGGAAAGUGACCUGGAUCCAGAAGAGCUGGCAGGAGUCAGGACAUACUCUGAUCUGAAGGAGCAGAAGUGCUUGAAGUUUGCUCAAGUAGAUGACAAUAAAGAAGAAGAAGAAGAAGGAGAAGGAGAGAACCCAUUGCUGGUGCCACUAGAAGAAAAGGCGGUGCUGCAGGAAGAGCAGGCUAGCUUGUGGUUCUCCAAGGACGGCUUCAGUGGGAUAGAGGAUGAUGCUGAUGAAGCCCUGGAGAUCAGUCAGGCACAGCUGCUGUACAAGAGCCGUCGAAAGGAGCAGCAGCCAACAGAUCCACCUCCACCACCUACUAACUCGAAGACUGAGAAGUCGUCUCCCCAGUGCCAGAAUGAGGCCCCUAAGGAGACAGAAGCUGUCACUGACCCUGGAGGGGAGGGCAGAGACAGCAGCUCCGAUAGUGACAGCAGCAGCAGUGAGGAUGAGGAUAGUUGGAAAGAAUCCCGUGGUAAGAAGCGAAGCCGUGGUUCUAAGGCAGAUGAGGAUGGGUUUGAGGUAGUGCCUAUUGAGAACCCAGUGAAAUAUCGAAUUCUGGACCCUGAAGGCCUUGCUCUAGGUGCCGUUAUUGCCUCCUCCAAAAAGGCAAAGAGAGACCUUAUAGAUAACUCAUUCAACCGGUAUGCUUUUAAUGAAGAAGAGGAAGAACUUCCAGAGUGGUUUGUGCAGGAAGAGAAGCAGCAUCGGAUACGCCAGCUGCCUAUUGAUAAGAAGGAGGUGGAACAUUACCGAAAGCGCUGGCGGGAAAUCAAUGCACGGCCCAUCAAGAAAGUAGCCGAGGCCAAGGCCAGAAAGAAACGGAGGAUGCUGAAGAAGCUGGAACAGACCAAAAAGAAGGCAGAAGCUGUGGUGAACACAGUGGAUAUCUCAGAACGAGAAAAGGUGGCACAGCUGCGAAGUCUCUACAAGAAGGCUGGACUUGGCAAGGAGAAACGCCAGGUCACUUAUGUUGUAGCUAAAAAAGGCGUAGGCCGUAAGGUCCGGCGGCCUGCUGGAGUCAGAGGUCAUUUCAAGGUAGUGGACUCUCGGAUGAAGAAGGACCAGAGAGCACAACAACGAAAGGAACAGAAGAAAAAACACAAGCGAAAAUGAGCAGAGUUGUCUGGAGAGACUGAAGACUAGGAAGUAAGGUGUGGUAUCCAGUUCUCUAUGGUGGUUUGGUACCAGUUGGUACCCAUAAUUGGGAGAGCUGCUGGGCACCUACAGUUCCUCUCUGAGGAAUGAUUACCAUGAAAGCACCAAGGAAAUAUUUCUUCAUCAUGACAGCUCACAAUCUUGGCUUUCGAUGGAACUGGGAUGGGAUUCCUUCAGUGUUGCUGGUACUGUUGUAGCCUUUUAUAUUAAACAUGUGGCUCCUUCUGCGUCCUCUCCCACCCUUUUCCAGUAUUUGAAUAAAAAGAUAAUAGAAGAGGUA